AUGGGAAAAAGGUUUCAUGAAUGGUACUAUUUCAAAGUUCAUGCUACUUCACAAGAUUUGGAAAAGGAUGAAGAAACCAAGCUAGAUAAAAUUACAUGGCUCCAGAUUAUAAACUCUGCUUUGAAACGAUCCCAUGGUGUGUUUGGUGAAGCAAUUGAAUACGAUAUUCUACAUAAUGAUGGACUAGACUCAAUUAUUAAAGUUAACUACAUUGAUAGACAGGUGUUUUCUACAGCGAUGACUUCUUAUAUCUCUAGCGAUGAGUUGGUUGGAGUGCCCCUCGUCUUCAUGAUUGAGCAGCAGCAAGGAAAACUAAGCGAUAUAACCGUACCGGAUGAAGAUCUUUUGUGGUUCAAGAAACUUGUUGAGUUCGAAGAGAAAGAAAUUGUUGACUGA